AUGUUCAAAUACACCAUCGUUAUACUCGCUAUCAUCGCCUACGCUGCUGCCAAGCCAGGUCUUCUCCUUGGUCAACAGUUGGCCUAUACUGCGCCCGCUGCAGUUGUUGCUGCUCCUGCUCCGUUUGUGACUGCCACCAGUAGCCAGGUGAUUGCCCGUAACUACAAUGGCAUCGCCCACGCUUCAGUGAUCGCUCCAGUUGCUACUCCCGUGAUUGCCAAGUAUGCGGCGGCUCCUUUGGCGGCUCCAGUUGCUGCUCCUGUCAUUGCGAAUUAUGCUGCUUCUCCCUUGGCCUAUAGCUCUCCGUUGGCGUACAGCACUCCACUUUUGAUUUGA